CUCCUCGCCAGCCAUUCCAGCUAGGACUCAGAGUGGACGAGCUGCUCCCACAGUGCCGGAAUAGACACCCGAAAAAUCACGCUCCUCAAGCCUCGAGUGUCGUCGCGUUGCGUCUCUUCCCUGAACCGAACCAACAAACUCUGAAUUUGCAUUAAAUAUGCAUAAAACCGCUUGUUGUCAAACGCCUCAGGUUAUAAUGUAUGACCAACAGAGAAUAAGUACAACUCUAUAGCCAACGGGAUCUCGAGGACUUGAUUACAGUCGCUUCAAGCCUGCUAGUUUGUCCGUGCGGCUGCUCCCCUUCUCCCCUCUCCGCACGUCUGUGGUCGGCCGGCCUCUCCUCCAACAGCCUCCCGUCCCCCCGUCGGGUGAAGAAGACUCGGUUCUGCUGUGAUCUUAGUCUGCUUCGCCUGUUUCUGUUCGACGCCCAGCCCCGCCCCGCUGUUUCCCUGGACCUGGAUUAUUGUCUAUCAGGAAUCUUAUCGAAAUUCGCCAAGAUGACUCCCAAUGGGUAUUUGAUCUUUGAUGACGAGACGUUCCUGGAUUCCACCGUGGCCAAAAUGAACGCCCUGAGGAAGAGCGGCCAGUUCUGUGACGUCAGGCUGCAGGUGUGUGGUCACGAGCUGAUGGCUCACCGCGCCGUCCUGGCGUGCUGCAGUCCGUACCUGUUUGAGAUCUUCAACAGCGACGUGGAGACCCACGGAGUCUCUCACGUCACUUUUGAAGACUUGAACCCAGAGGCUGUGGAGGUCUUGCUCAACUAUGCCUACACUGCCCAGUUAAAGGCAGAGAAAGACCUGGUCAAGGACGUUUACUCUGCAGCCAAACGGUUCAAGAUGGAGCGAGUCAAACAGAUAUGUGGAGACUACCUGCUGUCCAAAGUGGAUUCCCAGAACGCCAUCUCUUUCCGGAGCUUCGCCAACUUCAUGGGAGACGGCCGACUCUUGGCCAAGGUGGACGCUUACAUCCAGGACCAUCUGCUGGAAGUGUCCGAGCAGGAGGACUUCCUCAAGCUACCCAGGCUAAAGUUAGAUGUGAUGCUUGAAGACAACCUGGCCCUGCCCAGCAACGGCAAACUCUACUCGAAGGUGCUGAACUGGGUGCAGCGUAGCCUGUGGGAGAACGGCGAGCAGCUGGAACGCCUGAUGGAAGAGGUGCAAACGCUCUACUACUCACCUGACCAUAAGCUGGUGGAUGGAGGGCUGGUGAUUGAUGGGCACAGUGAGGUGUUUGGUGGCGAGGACGACCACCUUCAGUUUGUGCAGAAGAAACCCGUGCGCGAGAGUGCCCAGAGACAGCAGAGCUGCAGCUCUUCAGGAAGCCUCUCGCCCUCCAACCAAGCAGCCAAUGUCCAAAAACAGACCACCAGGAGAGACUGGAAGUACAUCGCCUCUGAGAAGACCACAAACAACAACUACCUGUGUCUGGCUGUGCUGGACGGCGUGCUGUGUGUGAUCUUCCUGCACGGUCGCAACAGCCCCCAGACGUCUCCGACCGCCACCCCCUGCCUGAUGAAGAGUCUCAGCUUCGAAGCCCAGCCCGAGGAGCAGGAGGAGCACCCGCUCUCUCCCAUGCAUUACGCUCGCUGCGGCCUGGGCACCGCAGCCCUCAACGGGAGACUAAUCGCAGCAGGAGGCUACAACCGAGAAGAGUGUCUGAGGACUGUGGAGUGCUACGACCCCAGCGAGGACUGUUGGACCUUCAUCGCUCCCAUGCGGACGCCGAGGGCUCGUUUCCAGAUGGCGGUGCUGAUGGGCCAGCUGUAUGUGAUCGGCGGUUCCAACGGACACUCUGACGAGCUGAGCAGUGGGGAGAUGUACGAUCCACAGACCGACGAGUGGGUUCAAGUGCCAGAGCUGAGGACAAACCGCUGCAACGCAGGCGUCUGCUCCUUGAACAACAAGCUUUAUGUUGUUGGAGGGUCGGACCCCUGCGGGCAGAAGGGCCUGAAGAACUGUGACGUCUUUGACCCUGUGGCGAAAACCUGGUUCAGCUGCGCCUCCCUUAACAUCAGGAGACACCAGGCGGCGGUGUGUGAGUUGGACGGCUUCAUGUACGUGAUUGGAGGAGCAGAGUCGUGGAAUUGCCUGAACACGGUGGAGCGCUACAACCCCGAUAACAACACCUGGACCCUGGUGGCCCCCAUGAACGUGGCCCGCAGGGGAGCCGCCGUUGCUGUGCAUGCAGGCAAGCUGUUUGUCGUGGGCGGCUUUGACGGCUCCCACGCUCUCCGCUGCGUCGAGGUGUACGACCCGAGCCGCAACGACUGGAGGAUGCUGGGUAGCAUGAUAUCAUCCCGCAGCAACGCCGGCGUGGCCAUGCUGGGCGAAACCAUCUACGUGGUGGGCGGCUUCGACGGCAACGAGUUCCUCAGCACGGUGGAGGUGUACAACCCCGAAACGGAUGAGUGGAACGACUGCGCCAAAGCCUCUUCUCCCCUCUCGGAGUGAAGGGGGGGGGGGACAGGGUUUUGGAGAUUCUCAGUGCUUCACUCAUUUCCAAACUAACAGGCUUAGUGACGUAAUCGUGUUUCGUGACGUUUUUGUGUAUGAACGGGUAUCUGUGGGUGGGUGGGUGUGUUGAGGUGAGGAGUCUUCAGUGAAGACUGGCUUAUUCUUGGCAGGUUGGGAGGGGGGAGGGGGGGGGGGGGGGGGGGCUGGGUCUAUUGCUGCCCAAAACAACAUGACGCCUUUGCAUAUUGCAUAGAUUUUGGUUUUGUCUUGUAUAUAUUUUGUUUCUUCCUCAGAUUUUGUGUCAUAUGCCAACAUUUACUACACACUUAGUGCUUUUCGUUUCAUUUAAAGUUUAGGAGCUAGUCACAUGGAGGCUUUUCAGAUGAGUUUUUAUUGUUUGACCACCUAAAAAGGUGCCAGUUUGAAGUGGUAAUAAUUUGGGCUCAGAUGAUGCUGUUAUUGUUUUUUUUGUUGUUUUUAAAAGAAAUCUUCAGUUGUGGCAAUGCAUUUCUUCUCAAAUAUUUAAAGGUUGGUGAUUUAAAGCCUUACUCAGUGUGAGUUGCUAAACACCCAUCACUGCUUUCUGUCAUUUUAAACAAGCAGGAUUGCUUUUUGACUCUUAAAAUGAUGGCCUUUUUUAUAUUUUUAUACACUGCUGAUUUACCAGUAACAUGAGAUGUAGUAGCAGAGAGUUUAAGUGAAUUUAACCAGUGCCAGAUUUAGGUGACCUUUCUUGUGCACAUCCCAAAAACGCACAACCAUGCUUCUGCUAAAAAUACUUCUUUUCUUUUUUUUUUUUUGUCAUUUUUAACUAGUCGUGUAGAGCUACAGUUUACUAAGAAUCAUUUUGUGUUUUAAAGUGUCAGGCAUUGGCAGAUUUUUCUGGAAGGAAUGUUGGAGCAAGAAAUUUCACAUUUGUAACAAUUCUUAAUUAAUAAAUCAUAUAAAUCAAGA